AAGAUAAACCACUGCUUCGGUCCGCGUGAACAGCCAGCCCAGAGGCACUUGUGAACACAAACCUUCAGGAUGUACUUCUUCAAAGGCACAGUUGAAGGUCAGCACAAUAACCGUUGAACCACAAUUUGACAACACUCGACUAGCCACUGUGCAUCUUCCACGCCAGAGCAAGCCAUGUGCACUUGCAUACAUGUCGAAAGACAGCCCGAGACACCACAUGUGUCCACAGUGUCACAAUGAGUCUGAAAUGUGUACAGCUAUUCCAUCGGAUGUUCAGAUGCGAGAGGAAGGUUUUAUGCUUGACAUCUGUCCCCCUGCAUCCUCACAGUCUGGGAGUGACGAGAGCCACGCGUCAAAGCAUACUGAAGGGAAGUCAUGCAUCUCCGAUUUUUGUCCUGCACAGCUCCACCAGAGCAGGAGCCUGUGGAGUCACAGUCGGACACAUACGGGCAAGAAGUCGCACAAGAGCGACCUCUGCCCUGCGAAAUUUAGGCAGAUUGCGCACCCGCGACGUCGUAAGCGAGCACACAGUGACGAAAAGCCAUACAAGUGCGACGCCUGCCCGGCAAAGUUCAGCCAGAGCGGCGGGAGUCUACAGCGUCACAAGCAGACAGACACGGGCGAGAAACCAUACAGGUGCAAUGUCUGCUCUGCGGAGUUCAGCUGGAGUGGUCACCUGCAGGAUCACAAGCGGGCACACACAGGAGAGAAACCAUAUAAGUGUGAUGUCUGCCCUGCAGAGUUCAGCCGGAGUGGUCACCUGCAGGAUCACAAGCGGACACACACAGGUGAGAAUCCAUACAAGUGCGACGUCUGCUCUGCAGAGUUCAGACGGAGUGGGCUCCUGCAGUGUCACAAGCGGAUACACACAGGCGAGAAGCCAUACAAGUGCGAUGUCUGCCCUGCGGAGUUCAGCCGGAGUGGUCACCUGCAGAAUCACAAGCACACACACACGGGUGAGAAACCAUACAAGUGCGACGUCUGCCCUGCGGAGUUCAGCCGGAAAGAGCGUGUACAGCGGCACAAGCGGACACACACAGGCGAGAAGCCACACAAGUGCGAUCUCUGCCCUGCUCAGUUCGGUUAUAGCGCGACCCUACAAGAUCACAAGCGGAUACACACGGGCGAGAAGCCAUACAAGUGCGAUGUCUGCCCUGCAGAGUUCAAACAGAGAGGGCACCUACAGGAUCACAAGCGGACACACACAGGUGAGAAGCCAUACAAGUGUGACGUCUGCUCUGCGGAGUUCAGACGGAGUGGGCUCCUAAAGUGUCACAAGCGGAUACACACAGGCGAGAAGCCAUACAAGUGCGAUAUCUGCGCUGCGGAGUUCAGCCAGAGCUCGACCCUACGGGAUCACAAGCGGACACACACGGGCGAGAAGCCAUACAAAUGCGAUGUCUGCCCUGCAGAGUUCAAACAGAGAGGGCACCUACAGGAUCACAAGCGGACACACACGGGCGAGAAGCCAUACAAGUGCUCUAUCUGCCCUGCAGAGUUCAGCCGGAGUGGUCAGCUGCAGAAUCACAAGCGCACACAUACUGGUGAGAAACCGUACAAGAGUGACGUCUGCCCUGCGGAGUUCAGCCAGAGAGAGCACGUAAAGCGGACACACGCGGGCGAGAAGGCAUACAAAUGCGAUCUCUGUCCUAGAGAGUUCAGCCGUAGCACGAGCCUGUUGUACCACAAGCGGACACACACAGACAAGAAGCCCCACAAGUGCGAUCUCUGCCCUGAGGUUUUCAGCAGGAGCGGUCCGGUCACCUAAAGCGUCACAAGCAGACACACAUGGGUGAGAAACAAUGCAGGUGAAAUAUCUGCCCUGCGGAGUUCAGCUUAAGUGACAAUCUACAGAAUCACAGGCGGACACACACAGGCGAGAAAACCAUACCAGUGCGACUUCUGUCCUGAAGGGUUCACUCAGAGACACGACCAACAGCAGCACUAACACACACAGGGUGGACAAGGAGCCAUACAAGUGUGCGGCUUCAUGCCCUGUGGUCCAGCCUAAGUGGGCACCUACAGGAUCAUGAGAGGACACAAACGGGCGGAAAGUCAUACAAGUGCGAUGUCUGACCUGCAGAGUUCAGCCGAAGUUGGAACCUACAGAAUCAUAAGCGGAUGCCCACGGGAUAGGAGCCAUACAAGUGCGAUCUCUACCCUGCCGAGUUCAACAACAGCACGAAGGUGCGGAAUCACAAGAGGAGACACGAGGUCGUGAAGCCGCACCAGUGCGAUAUAUGUCCUGGAAACUUAAAUCAGAGCAUAAGUCUGUCGUAUCACAAGCGAAAACACACUUGCAAGAAACCCUACAGGUGCAAACUUUAUCACUUAAAGUUCUGCCAUGGGACAAACCUACAGCGCCAUAUGCGGGCGAGAAGCCAUGCUCAAGUGCUAUGUGCCGAGUUCAACCAGAACAUGGAUCUUCACGACCAUAACUGAACACACAUGGGCAAAAAGCCAUACAAGUGCAGGUGCUGUCCUGCAGGGUUCACCCGCAGCACGAUUUACGGUGUCAUAAGCAGAUACAUAUGACCGAGGACCCCUGCAUGUGGGAUGUGUGCCCUGCAGAAUUUGCCCACAGCACGGGCCUAGAGCAUCACAAGUAGACACAGACAGGCGGGAAGUCAUACAGAAGCAUUUUCUGUGCUGCAGACUUGAGACAGAACACACACCUGAAGCAUUACGAGUAGACGUACAUGGGUGUGACAGCCCUACAGAUGCAAACUCUGCCGUGCACGGUUCAGCCACAGGAUGAACAGACACUAGCCGGAGAACAAAAUAAGUGCUUGCAGAGCACGAGCUAGUUCAGCCAGAGGAGGAACCUGUGGCUUCAGAUGUAGCCACGAGACACUUGGUAUUGAGGCUGUGCAAGUACAGAGGCCACAUACUCCUACACAUGAAGAAGUCUGUCCAAGUGUAAAAUCUGUUAUGUCACAUGUGCUAAACCCAGAUACCUGAAGAAGCACAUGGUAACAGAGAGCAAAGAGUGUACAGAUACUGUCUGCAUCGCGUCGCAUUUUGUUUCUGUUUGAUGUUUUUAAACUCGCACGCAUGAACAGUCUGAGGGUCAGAAAGAGUUGGCCGGGACCUGGGUUGGGUGGUGA